AUGACGAGUAAUUUGGAAUCGGCCGAGCAGGUGCUCUCGAGUGUCGACAGCAAUUGUUUUCCGUCACCCAAGUGUAAAACAUCCCUGAGGCUGCGACUGGGCCGCGUCUUCAGUUCGGGCGGCUUAAAGAGCCCCAAAAGUCCCAAGAGCGUGUCCAGCUCCCGCGGCUCGAGUCCCAAUCGCGGUAGCCCUCAUGCAAAGACCAGGUACUCUUGGCAACCGGGAACCUUCGCCAGCGAGGAGAACCGAUCGCCACGUACGCCUGAGAGCGGCAUCUCAACCUUGUCUUCGUCAUCGUCGUCGUCGAAAUCACCGUUGACUAAUAACGCACCUAAGAGCCCAUCUACACCGACGAAAAGUAUGUGCUUCUCGACGUGGUACACUGAUGGAAGAGUAAAGGACGAGCUUUUAGAGCUGCUACGUGCAAAGAAGAGUACAGCGUGA